UCUUCUUUCAACAGCAACAGUAAGUUAUCCACCUCGGUAGCUUGCUAGACAAAAAAGCUGAACCAAUAAAGCUUUUUAGACGCUUUCGUGUUUAUUAGCCACUGUAUUUUAAACACACUUCUUUUGUCUAGUUAGUUAUCCGAUUUAAUUUAAUAUUUACGGCGUUGUUGUUGUUAGUCAGCUAGCAGUCUGGUUAAGUUAGCAUUAGCAUAGCUAACAUCCGCGACCAUGCGGUCACUAAGCUACUCUCCUUCUGCUAAAGAAGAGGUGGAUAUCACAGUAAAUCAAGAAGUAGGGAGUGGGGCCGUAACUGUGAAAGAAGAGGAAGACGCGUUCAGAGUGAAAGAGGAGGAGGAUGUUACAGUAAAACGAGAGGAGGAUGCAGUUUAUAGAGUGAAAGAGGAGGAGAGAGAGAUGACUGUUACAUCGAAAAAGGAGGAAGAAGAGGAACCUGGAUAUCUGGGCCCGGUUUUCCGAAUGCAUCUUAAGGCAUCCAAUGGUUCUAAUGAUGAAUUUAGCCAAAAUGUGAUUUUGAGAAACCGUAACCUGACUAACACUAGAGAGAGACGUGACUAUCGUGGAUCCUCUGGGGAGCCUCAACAACCUCAUGAUGCUGAGGAGACAGAGAAGAGUCUCUCCAGAUCAGAACACCUCAAUAAACACCCGCAGAGACCCACAGGGAAGAAAACUCACUGCUGCUCUGACUGUGGGAAGAGAUUCACAUCAUCAGGCAUUAAAAUUCAUCAGAGAACACACACAGGAGAGAAAUCUUAUAGCUGUGGUCAAUGUUGGAGGAGUUUUACAACAUUAAUCUCUCUGAAAGUACACCAGAGAACACACACAAGAAAGAAAAGUUAUAGCUGUGAUCAAUGUGGGAAGAGAUUUUCUACAUCUGGCAACCUGACUCAACACCAGAGAACACACACAGGAGAGAAACCUUAUAGCUGUGAUCAAUGUGGGAAGAGAUUUGCUACAUCUGGCAACCUGACUAAACACCAGAGAACACACACAGGAGAGAAACCUUAUAGCUGUGGUCAAUGUGGGAGGAGAUUUGCUACAUCUGGCUCUCUGACUCUACACCAGAGAACACACACAGGAGAGAAACCUUAUAGCUGUGGUCAAUGUGGGAAGAGAUUUGCUACAUCUGGCUACUCUGACUCUACACCAGAGAACACACCACCUCCUGUUCCUGCUACCGCAUCUGGCUCCGGGGCUCUUCAGCUGACGCUCCCACGGGAGUAUGAUGGAACGGUGGUGGGGUGCCAGGGUUUCCUUCUACAACUGGAACUGAACCUGGCUACCAUGCGUCCUGCUCCCUCCGGAGAGGAGAGCGUGAGCGCCCUCGUCUCCUGUUUGACUGGGCGAGCUCUCGAGUGGGCCAACGAAGUGUGGAACGGUCCGGACUCUGCGAGGGAUCAUUACCCCGAGUUCACCCACCGAUUCCGAGCUGUGUUUGACCACCUGCUAUGGGAGGUGGACGCGGAGAUAGAGAGGGCCUCACGGUUAGAGCCGGCUCCCCCUAACUGUCCAGCGGGGGCUCAGUACGUGCCGAGGAGGGUCCAGGAUAAGCUGAUCCAGCAAGGCUCCUCGGCACUUGCCUAG